AUGAGCGUCGAACAGGCGGAAGACUCGCCUCACCACCACCAUCCCCAUCAUCAGCAUCAUCAGCAUCACCACCACCACCACCACCACCACCACUCUCAACAGCCGCACCAGCACAGCCAUCGCCCGCCCCAGCAUCACUCACACGAGACCGGCCAGGCCGCUGGCGAGCAAGGCAUGUACUCCACCAACGGGGGCAAGGCCUCCGACCAGCAGCAGCAGCAGCAGCAGCAGCAGCAGCAGCAGCAGCAGCAGCAGCAGCAACAUGCGCAGUAUCAGCACCAACAGCUACAUCAGCAGCAGCAGCAGCAGCACCAACAGCAGCAGCAGCAGCAGCAGCAGCAGCAGCACCAACAGCAGCAAGGCUCGACCGCGGACAGCCUCUUGGCACGGAAGCGCGCGGUGGCCGGGCCGGCCCCCCUGCAGGCGAACUACCAAACCGGGCUCGGUGGCUCGUCGGAGGGGCCGGAGCCGGAGCCCUCCCGCGGGCGCUUUUCCUUCGAGCCGAUGGGCACCGGCGAGCAUGCCCCCACCGGGGGCGAGUACUUCCCCGCCGAGGACGCGUCGUUGGACCUGCCCAGCGCCGGGGCGGCCGGGUGGAGUGCCAUCCCGGCGGGCGGCCCUGCUCCGACGCACACCCAGACCUACGGCGACUUGCAGCACCUGGGCCUGGGGCACGCGCACCCCCAUCACCACCAUUAUGAGCAGCAUCUCGGGCUCGGUGCCGGGGAUUUGGCCCUGCCCGACGCCAUGGUCCAUGGCCCGGGCGCCUUUCACCACCGGCUGGACCCACUCAUGAUGGAGGGGCACACCCCGCGCGAGAAGCCGGCGCACUGGUUCAACGACGCCGGGGCCGGGACCUUCGGCCGGGCCGACGCGGACGCCCCCUUCCCGGGGUCCAUUUUCUUCUCCAACGCCCAUGAGGAGCACCACGGCGGGGCCGGGAUGGGCGUCGCCCCGCCCCCCCCCGGCGACCAUGGGCCUGCGCUGUUCGAUGCCUACCUGACCGAUGGCAAGGUCGACGCCUGGGCCACUUGGGACACCGGCGCUCUCAACAGCACUCGUGCCACGCCUCACCACAGCAGCCGGACGCCCUCCUCACCGGCAAGCCAGCGUCGCAAUGGCGCCGAGGGGGUGGCCGAUGUGCAGGGCGACAGGCGCUCGGAGCGUGCUCCGACAUCGGGCGACACCUCGGCCGAGGGACUCCCGCACCAGGGUUCGGGCGCGGCUCGCGGCCCGUCGGGCCACAGUCCUGCCCCCGGCGGAGCCCCAUGCACGGUGCCCGGCGCGGCCGGUGGCCUGGACGAGGGUGACCCCGUCGCCGGGGGCGGCGAGUCCCAGGCUCCGACGCCAUCGACGGUGUCCAGUCACGACACCGAUGGCCGGGGCUUUGGUGGCGCGAGUGGCGACUCCAGCACCGGCGACCGGCCCGAGCCGCUGGGCCCCAUGCUCAUGUCCGCCACCGAGCCAUGGUCUCUCGGGGGCUUGGGCUUCGACGAGCCCCUGGGACCGGGCGACAACCGGCCCGCGCCCGGGGCGGCCUUCCACCAUCCGGCCGAUGGCCACCUGCUGCACCGGGGCUCGAGUGCCGGCAUGGGGGCCGACGAUUCGAUGGGCUAUCGGUCGCGCACGCCCCUGCGCGAGGGGGGCCAGGGCCCGGCCCGGCCGGCCGUCGGCCCCUUCGGCCCGGCCUCCCCGGGGCUGACCUACCGCCAGCACCGCGAGAGCGACUACUACCUGAUGCAUGGUGGGGGGCUGCUUGCGGGGGAGGAGGCGGAGGAGCUCCAGGGCCCGGGACGCCCGGCGGCACCUGGCGAUGCCUCGGCAUCCCAUCCCGGCGAGGCAGCCCACCACGAGGACCCGUUGGCGGUGCUGAUGCAUGGCCUGGCGCCGGCCAGUUCGGCCGCGGCCGGCGGCCGUCCGGCGCCCCACUAUGACCCGUCCGGGAGGCUGCCUCACCGGUCGCCGGGCUUUCCCCAAGAGCAGCGCCAAGGGCCGGCCGCCGGCCAGGAAGCUGCCUCGGCCAGCGGGGGCCCCCAUUCACACCAGCAGCCCGCGCACGCCCGCCAUCCCCAGGAGCAUGAUCACCACCCGCACCACCAGCACCAUCACCACCAGGCCGUGCAUUCUUCCGGACCGGGGGAGAGCCCCAGCAGCCAGGGCGGAGCUCAAGCCGAUGCCCUGGGCCCGGGCAGGGGCCCGAAGCCUGUGGCAGGUCACCCGGGCCUGCGCCAUGACCCGGCUCCGGGGCGGCACGCCUCGCCGGCCUUCGGCCCGGAGGGCCCGUACCUGGGCCAGGCGCCGCGCCACCAAGCCUUCGCCCACCCCAUGGACCAGGCCGCUGGACGCCGGACGCCGACACAGCACCAUGCCCGGCAGCCGGGCACGGGGCCAUACCACCACCCAUGCGACCCGAUCCCCGGCGGCGGCGGCGCCGGCGCCGGCGCCGAUGGCGCAUAUGCCGAAGGUGUGAGCGAGUACUUCGCGAGCGCCGCCCCGGCCGAAAGCCCGGCCCUCGGGCCGGGGCCCAACCCCGCCGGCCGGGGAGCCGGGCCUCCGGAAAAUCCCCCACCCUCCGGACCCAAGACCUGCCCGAAGCCGGGAACCGGGCGCCCGGCUGCCAGCGGGUCCUCCUCCUGCGAGUCGCUGCUGCUGGAGGCCGGCGCCCUCUUGGCCUCCGGGCGCGGGCUCCUCAACCCCGGCGCCGAGGACACGCCAGCGACCCGGCCGCCGCCCGGCGGCACCCCCGGCGCCCCGGGCCCCGGCAGUCAGCUGCUGCGUGCGGACCCGGGGCCCACCCCCGGUGCCGGGGGGGGGUCCACCUCCGACGAUACUCUCUGCGGAUCGAGCUCCGAGGAGUACCUGGCAUGUGCGGCCGGGGGCCCGGGCGGGACCGUUGCUCGAGCGGCCGCCAACCCGGCCCCGGGCCAGGCACCUUCCCCCGGGCCGGUGCACCAUCAGCCCCUCGACCCCCCCCAUGCGCACGCCGGUCAGCCCCAGCACCCGCACCACCGGCACCAGCACCCGCAUCGGCACCACCUCCGGCAGGCUCACCCCCUGCCGGGAGGGGGCCGGAACUCCUUCAACAUGGAAGCCCCGGCCCCGGGCAGCAGCUCCUCCUUCGCCACCGAGGGCGACCCGUAUGGCGGCGCCCCGAGACCGGUGGUCGUCUCGACGGCCCACGGCGGAUUGGCCCAUAGUCCUCUUGGCGAGGGGGCGCCCACCCACGUGGGCGGUGGCGGCGAUCCCCGUCUCGGUGGGAGUGAGAUGCGCCCUGGGUCGGGCGGGGCCGCGCGCUUCCAGCACCUCCACCGCCAUGGGCACCUCCCCCACCAGCCCGGCUCCUCGCCGUACUUUGCCCAGCGUGAGUUCACCGCCGUGUCGGCCCCCCUGCCGCCGUCAGACGCGGGCACAGCAGUAGCCGCCGGCGGCGGGAGCAGUCGCGAGCACUUGCCCCCCAUGGGCCAUGGGUCUUUGCCGGUGGCGGGAGCGCAUAUGUCGGCGUUGAGCUCGGCCCUGCUCGGGGGCGGCGGCGGCUCGGCCUCGGAGAACCUCCACGCCAUUGACCGGUCGGCAUCCGGGCCGGAUGCCCUGCCUCAUGCGUCGCACCACCAUGGCUCUUACCAGCAUCACCUGCAGGACCACCACCCCCAGCACCGGCAGGCACAUGCCCAGCACCAGCACCAGCACCAGCACCAGCAGCCGCAGCAGCAAGGGCCGCCCGGGCCAGCGGGCCAGCCUACCUACCCCCAGCUGCCGCAGUUCCCGGCCGGUCCGAGCGCGGGCCCGCUGCUGGCCAUGUACCACCACCACCACCACCACCACCACCAGGCCGCGGGGGGGUCCAUGGGAGCCGAGGGACUCGGUGGCCUGCCCGGGGGGGCCUGGGCCGGGAGUGAGCCCGGCAUGGGCCCCAUACUGGAUGGCGAGGUGCAGCCCUUCUCGCAGCACCAGGCCCUCGGCGGGCCCGCCGGAAGUGGCACCCCCGGCAGCUGGCGAGACUUCCGCCACGCGGCCGGCUUGCUGGACACCUGGGUCCCGGGGGUGGGACCGGUGGCGGCCGCCGCGCGAGGCGGGCCUGGCCCGGCCGCCGGGCAGCCAGCAGCCGGCCUGGGCCCGGGGCGCGGCUCGUCGCCCUUCGUCACGGCGGAUCAGCAGCCCCCCCCGGGCAGUGGCCCCGGCGAUGGCGGCAACACCCGGGAAGGUGUCGCCGCUGGCGAGUGGCGGCGCGAGCAAAGGCCCCCGGGCAGUGGCGCCGGGCCGCCGGGCGGGUCGCAUGCUCUCGGGUUCCAUGUGUCGCCGCACCCGACGCGCAUGGUGGCCUCGGUGGAGGCUACCGGCGGACGGCCGGGCGCCAGCCCCGGGCCCUGGGCGUCGUUCCCGGGCCCGGGCGACGCCGGGGCCGGCAUGGCCUCGCCGGCCGCCGUGGCCAUGCCCAUCGUCCCGUCCGGAGCGGGCGGCCACCAUGGCGAAGUCAUCGUGGCCAUCGACAACUCGUACGCCCGGCGGGCGGCCAGCGGCGGGCACUUCCUCGCGAUGGCCGACGGCUCGGCCGUCGGAGACCCGGCGGCGGCGGCGGCGGCGGCGGCGGCGGCGGCGGCGGCGGCCGGCGUCCUGCCCACGGCGCCUCAACUCCCGCCGGGGUCAGCGCCGAUGAAUGGCGGUGAGUACCUGCUGCACCAGCAGCCGCACCUCGCCGGCGAGGUCGAGCCCGAGCCGCUGGCACUGCUGCGCAGCUUGCACCCCUAUCUGCCUGGUGGGGCGGCGGCGCUGGCGGCGGCGGCCGCGGCGGCGGCCGCCGCCGCCCCCGGCUCCGCCGGCGUCAGCACCCACUCGACGCCGGGGCUGCUGGCCAUGGUGGGCGGGAUCCCCUCGCCGGGCGGCCUGGGGCCCGGGCUGCUGGACUUCAAUGUGACCAGCUCGCCCGGGGCCGGGCUGGCCUCGGCCCCCUCGACCCCGGCCCCAUUGGCCCCCGGCCCGGCCAAGAAGCCGGCCAAGCCCCGGCGCCGGAACAACCGCGAUGGCGAGACCGCCACCCAGCGUGCGGCCCGGCUGGAGGCCGUGGCUCGGGCCCUGGCCGCCGGCGAGGUCCCUCCCGCGCCGCCGCCGCCGCCCCGGCCCCGAGCCCGGCGCGGCUUCGCCGCCAUGGACCCGCAAAAGCAGCGCAUGAUCGCCAGCCGCGGCGGCCGGGCGGCCCAGCGCCGGGGCACCGCCCACCGGCUGACCGACGCCGAGCGCAGCCGCGGCGGCCAGCAGGCCAGCCAGAAUGUCCAGCGCCUGAGCGAGUCCAAUGCCGCGGCCCUGGCCGCCACAUCAUCGGCGCCCCUGCCGGCCGUCGGCUCGCUAUCGACGCUGAGUGCGGCACGCGAUGGAUACCAGCAGCAGCAGCAGCCACCACAGCCCCUGCCCCUGGAGUACACCCCGACGGGGUAUCGGCCCGGGCUGGGUCAUUUCCCCGGGUCGGGCAUCGGGGACUUGAACAACUCGACGGCCCUGGCGAUGGCGGCAGCGGCUGCAGCCGCCGCCGGCGGUGGCGGCAGCAUGCCCGCCUUCACCAACAGCAUGAACCCCCCUGGCGGAGGAAACACAAGUGGCUUGGGCCCCGGGCCCGGGCCCGGUGCCGGUGCCGAUGAGAGCAUGUGCGGCGAUCCGCCAGCGCGUCCGGGCAUGCUGCCCAGCCACUAUCAGGCCCUCCUGCCCUCGGUGUCGGGGACCGGCGCCGGGGCUCCCCACCACGCGCCCUCGUACGGGCUGCUGUCCCAUGGGUCCGGGUCUCCUCCCGGCGGGCGGACGGCCACCGCCUCGGCCCCCGCGGCUCAGGCCUCGCUGAGCACCCCCAGCAGCAUGUCUGGCGUCCAGGCGGUGGCCAUUCCCCCGAUGGCCGCGAGGCUGGAGUUCGCCGCGGCACGGCCCCGUACCGCGGCCCUGGCCAGCGGCGCCCCGGCAGCCGGGACGCCCGGCAUCCCGGCCCCCGGGUCCGCCUCAGCCAUGAUGCCGAGCCCAAUGCCAUCACCGGGCGUCGGCACCCCGCCGGGAGCCUCAGCUCGACUUGAGGAUCCGGCGGCCGGUGCCCCGCACGGGUCGACCCCCGCCGGCGGUGCCGAGCUUGCAAGCGCGCUGCCCGCCAUGUCGGCUGCGCCACCGCCGCCGCCGCAGCAGGAGAGCCCCUCGAUGCUGUCGCGCUCCGAGACCAAGACCCUGCCACUGGUGUCGCCCGGGCUGGCCGGCUCCCCGGGGUCGUGGGCCGCCUGCCAGGUCUUGCCGCCGCUUUCGCUUUCCUCCAGCAGCGAGGGCACCGCCGGCGACAGCGACAUCCAUGGGACCGGCCCCCAUCCGCCGGUCAAGAAGCAGCGACUGCUCCAGGGCGACGUCCUUGGCACGGGGGCCGGAGCCGGGGCCGAAACCAGAACCGGAGCCGGGACCGGGCCGGGCGACAAUACCUGA